GAAACUAGCAUAGAGACAUAGAAAUCAAAGGAAGCCUGUGUUGUGGUCACACCGGGAGCAUGAUUGACUUUUCCCUGGGUGUCCUGGGCACCACUGUCUCUAGUGAUAAAGUCAGCACUGAUGGUCACGAACCCUCAAAUUUAAUCAGCACUGACCUUCGUUUGAAGAGAACCGGCUUCAUGACUGAGCACUUCAUAAAGCCGCCAGUGAACAUAACAUUCAUAUUCCCCUGUCACAUCAGCAUCCAUCAAGUUACAGCUUAUCCCUCUAUCGGCCAACAGCAAUCACUUCAGUUUGAGAUCUUUGCAGCAGCUAAGCCCAUUUCUAAGGCUAUGAGAGAAGGCAAAAAGUUGGACAAAGUUCUGAACAACCCUUCUUCAGUGAGAUCUGAGACUCCUCCAUUUUUCUACAACUUGGCUAAAAUGUCUGUUUCCAAUAGUGCACAGAUGUGUUUUUACAAUCCAAAUUCAAAUGCAAAUGUUCAGCACCAAAGCAGUAAUAUUCCACUUCCUGCAUCUUUUGAAAACAAAGCUGUUCUGCGUCAUUCUAAAAAGGAACUUCUGACGGCAUGUAGUCACUUGUGUGUUCGAAUCACCCAGACUCGCUCAGGCUCCACAGCUUGCUUGAGCAAUAUAGCCAUCUGGGGUGUGCCUUCACAUUCCUUGUCAAAUGUCAUCAGAGCUCAGAUUCAGAACAAAUAUAACUCAAUAUUUUCUUCUUCAACAAAAUGUGGGGCCUCAGCCUCUGGUAACAAUGGCCAGACAUCUGAUGUCAAACAACUAAAAUCAAAUCCUCACUCUGUGGAUGCACAGGCCACAAACUCUCAGGAACUCGACAUCCCUGAGGACUUUGUUGACCCUAUCACAUGUGAAGUAAUGGCUGUCCCAAUGUUGCUGCCGAGUGGGAAGAAUGUUGACAUGGGUACCUUAGACAGAUUCUUUAAAAGUGAAGCUUCAUUUGGACGAAAACCGCGAGAUCCUUUCACUGGGGUUGAAUUCACAGAUUCAUGUAGGCCCCUUCCAAAUGGUGCGUUGAAGAUAAGAAUAGACCAUUACCUACUGAAGCACAGUCAAGAUGCAGCUGUUGCUUCUGUAGCAAGGACUGUUGGUACAGCAAAAUCAUAUACCAAGAAAGCAACUGGGGGAAAGAGUUGUGUAAGUGUAAGCUCACUGGCUCCUCCAGCACACAAACCGCGUGUUGGGGAAGACCAGCCAGUGAUGGAAAUGAAAAGGAAAAGCUAUGUCUCAUCAGCAACACCACCUAGUGUCAUUCCAAAGAAAAAAGCCAAGACUGAAUGUCUUCCCUUUCCUAAGGGAGAUCAUCAUACUGAGCAUGUGUCAACCUCCAGUAAUGAAAGGUCGCGCAAAGUUUUCGUAUCCAGUCCCAGCUCGGAUUUGCUUGAGAGCCAUGAGAGCCGCCUCAAAGACAGUCUUGAUAGUGCUCUCCAAGCAAUGCUUGGUCAAAUAAGUUCAUCUCCCAGCUCAUCACGUACCAACAGUGACAUGGAUGCUGAAUCCAACAGUUGUUCGUUGUGCCAAAAACCUGUUACUUCGUCCUGCGUGGCGUACGGGACUCCUUGUUCUCACAUAGUUUGCCGUAAUUGUUUAACACAAGCAUUAUCUAAAACCAUCAAGUGUCCCUCAUGCGGUAAUACUUAUCUCAAAGCUGAUGUUAUUAGAGUACACAAUGCCAGUACUGUAUAGUAUAGAGGUAUGUCUACCCUUUGGUCUCUCUCUCUCUCUCUCUCCCUCUCUCUCUCUCUUUCUCUCCAUCUCUCUCUCCCGCCCUCAUUCUCUCUCUCUACAUCUAUAUACAUGUAUAUAUUAUGUGUAUUAUUAUGAACAUGAUGUAUUUAUGGUCAGUGUCAUUCUACAAUUGGCCAAAUCAAUUUUUUUAAUUUCCAGGUAAAGCUGUAGUUCAAAUAAAGACAUCAUGGGGUAUCUCAUAA